AAUUUUCUUAUCAAAUAAACAGAUAAAUUAGAAAUUUUCUAUUUUACUUAUUCAUAUAAUUAUUUUUGUAUAUUCUGAUCUUCUAAAAACGGUACAAUAAUCUAAUUUAAUUGAAUUAUUUUGUUUAGUAAAAAAAUUUACUCGAGGUCAACACUUAUGGAUAACUCUAUGGAAUCAGAGACGGAUACUUUAAUUAGUCAUGCAAGUAUCAGUAUUACCGAAGCUGACAAGCGUAUGAAUUCAACUUUAAGUCUAAAAGAAUACUAUACUGUAUACAUAAUUGAAACAAAAAUUGACAGUGAAACUUGGGCUGAAUCUAAAGGAAUGCAAAAGUUAUCCUUAGCAACCAGACGAUACACAGACUUUAUAACACUACACAAUCACUUGGGAGACAAAUAUCCUUGGGUAGUGAUACCACCACUUCCAGAAAAGAAACAAACAUUCAUGUGGAACAGUGAAGCUGUGUCAGAUACUAUGGAUCCAGAUUUUGUUGAUAGAAGGCGUGCAGGAUUAGAGAGUUUUUUGAAAAGAUUAGCUGGUCAUUCUGAGUUGGGCUAUGAUGAAUGUUUCCUUAAAUUUCUUGGUGAAUAUGAUAAUUGGAUGGAUUAUGCUAAGCCACUUAACAGUAUAUUAAAAGAUACAGAGCUUACUAUCAAAACAAUGAAUGCAUCUAUGAGAGGCAAAAAUUCAGAUAAACGGUUUGAAGCCAUUCAAACAUAUAGCAAUAAAUUACAGGGUUCUAUAAAUAAGAUAUUAACAUAUCGAGCAAAACAAGCUGAGCGACUCUAUAAUGUAGAUAUGUUGCACUUACAUUACGGAAGAAUUUUCAGUGAACUCAGUGCUAUUGACAAUGAUAUUGGUGAUGCAGUUCAGAGAACAGGUCAUUAUAUGGACACUAUUGCUUCAACUAUUAGUCCAGCACUGGAAGAUGAAGAAAUUAUUAUAGAUCAAUUAAAAGAGUACUUGGCUUUUACAAACUCCCUGCAUACAUUCGUAAAAAAUCAUGAUUUACUACAUUACAACUUAAAUCAGUUGAACAGUAUGUCAAGCAAUAAAGAAACUAGUGGCAUAAUGUCCAGACUAUUUGGUUAUACAGUAGCUGCAGCUGAUCGUGAUACAGCUGCUAAAGAAGCAUUUGAAAAUAAAAAAACAGAAGCCAAAGCAAAUUAUGAGGAGUUUGUUGGUAAAUCAUUAAAAAAUUACAAGGAAUUUGAGAGGCAAAAAGACUUAGAUCUUAUGAAAAUUCUUAAAGAUUAUGUUGCAUUCCAAACCAAGUAUGCCCAAAAGGGGUUGCAAACUUGGAAAAAUAUUUUACACAGCAUACAAAGUAUUGAAUAAACCAUUGCAGUCAUUACAUAUCUUCAUUAUUUAAGUCAAUUAUUAAUCCAAUUUAUUUGCCAUUAUGUACCUAACAGUAAUUUUAAUAUUCAUGUAUUCAUUUACACUGGGUCAUUCCAAAAUUGUUGAGAAUAACCUGCUUAAAAAGUUUAAUUCUUUAAUGAAUCACUAAAAUGCAUUUUAAGUAGGCAAUGUUCUAAUUCAUUAUAUUGUUAUUUAUUUUGUAUUAUAUCUUUUAACGUUUGUAAAUUUAUCAGAGCACUAUUAUAUAUUGUUAAAAUACAUAUGUUAUGCCAUUUUUUAGUUUUAAAACACUUGUUAUUUAAAAUCACAUAAAU